GCUCUCUCUCUCUUCCCCCAGUAUGAUAUAGAUAGUGUAUCUUCCAUUCGAAAAUGGAAAAUCUCUUGCGCUCCGCCCGACUACUGGCUUUGCGCCGCACCCUCUGCUCGUCAUGUCUACAGGCAUUGAACAAACACCCUGUACCUGCCGCAUCGGGACGUAUUGGGCUCCAGAACAGCGAUCGGAUACAACGGCGCUUCCAAGGACACAUCGCCGCUGCAGGCGAUCAAGCCAAGCCCAUUGAAGGCUUCUACGCAGAACUACUUUCACGUCCUCAAUCAAAGACACAGCCUAUGACCCGGACCACUGCCACCCCGCCGCCAUCUGAAUCGCUGCUAAAAACAGACAAGGAAGAAACACUGGAGAAAGCACGCAUCGUGUUUGGAUCACGACUAGCAGGGCCGGCAGAACGGCAAGCAAAAAUCGAGGCUGCAUCAAAGAACAUUGCGGGCAUAAUGGUGCCUCCUCGUCCAACAGAACCCGACAAUUGCUGUAUGUCAGGCUGUGUAAAUUGUGUCUGGGAUCUGUAUCGCGAUGAGAUAGAGGAAUGGGCGGCCAAGAAUGUGAAGGCGCAAGCGGCAAUUCGGGCUCAAAGGACGAGCGGGCAUGGAACAGGGAGCAUGGUCGCGGAAUCAGGGACACUCCAGCAUGUAGGUACGAGUAUGGACGACGACGGAGGUUGUGGCGAGACAAUUUGGAGAGUGGGUAUGGGCCAGGAUCAUUUGUUCGAUGAUAUCCCAGUGGGAAUAAGAGAGUUCAUGAAGACGGAGAAAAGGCUGAAGCAAAAGCAUGUGGAGCAGCAGGCUGUGGGCGCAUAGUCUAAAGCAUUCG